AGAAGGCUCAAUGGCUCUCUGCCAGGGAGAACGCAGGAGCAUGCAGGAGCUCAAGAUGACCGCAAUGAACAGUUCGGUCAUGACCAUUGGUUUGGCUCCAAAGGCAGCUAAAUCUGUGCUUUACUUCCUCGAAACGCUCUUUCUCUUCUCAAAAAGCGACAUCCCGACCUACGUAGUUCCAUGCACGCUCUUCGGAACGCUCAGCACACUUGCUGGAAGUUCUCUCACCUCCGCUCCUGUCUCGGUCGCGACGCUCCUCUUCCGAGUCCCCACGGUUGCGCUCUGGGCCUGGCUCUUCUGUGUCUUGUUCAAUUGCUCGAACCAACGCUCUCCCGACAGCGUCCUGGAGGACAAAAUCAACAAGCCACACCGGCCCAUCCCCGCAGGCCGAAUCACCUCGUCACAGACGAACCUUUGCAUGGCGAUUGGAGUUCCAGCCGUACUUCUCCUCAACUACUUCUUCCUCGGAGCAUGGGAAGAAAUGGCGAUCAUGUACACGGUCAUGUAUCUAUACAACGACCUCCAAUUGGGCGACAACUUCUUCUGGAAGAACUUCCUCAUCGCCACCGCCGGCAAUGGAGUAUACAACGCGGGAUCUCUACGGUUGGCAUCUGGUACGGCCCGUGCAUCCUAUUUCACCUCGAAUGCAAGCGAUCUCUUGACUCCGACCGCUAUGAAAUGGAUCGCUCUCGUAUCUUCUGCGGUACUCAUCACGAUGCACUUGCAGGAUCUCCGAGACCUCGAAGGCGACCGCGCGAGGGAUCGACGGACCCUCCCUAUCGUGUUCGGAGAGAAAUUCGCACGCUGGUCCAUCGCGGUGCCAGUGAUGCUCUUCUCAAUCGCCGCCGCUUCGUUCUGGAAAUCGGGCAUCAUCGGAUACACAGAAAUUUGCGUUCCAGGAGCAGUCGUGGCAUAUCGAGUCAUGUUCCUGCGCGGUACCAAGCACGAUCGAAAGACAUACACGCUCUGGGCUGUCUGGUUGAUGGCUCUCUAUGCUCUCCCUCUGCUCAAGAGCCUGCCCUAGAUUGUCAAUCAGGUUCAUGGGGGUCUAGACUCGAUAUCGCAGCAUAAGAUACUAGGUGUCGUCCAGUAAGCAGUACUAAUUUGAUAUCUGUUUGGUCGGCGCUGUGGCUCGAAGAGCAAAUCUUUCCGAGUUGAAAUGUGUUCAAGAAUGAUGUAGGUAGCGGAUCACUUUGGGCAUGUCCCCGUAAUUGUCGAUGUUCUCAUCAAAUCAAUCAAAACCCUCAAUACUCAUUAGUAGUAUUAAGCUCCUGAGACGAUUUUGGGCAUGUCCUCAUAGUUGUUGAUGCUCUCAUCCAAUCAAUCAACACCCUCAAUACUCAAAAAU